CGUCAUGCACGGUAGGCCGCUAGACUGGGGUUAGCGAUAACACGCAAAAUAGGAUGUUUGCAUGUUGUUAAACUGCAUACGAAGUUCAACACAGCGAUGUAACGACGCGUACGCCGUAAAUGGCUGGACUUGGCGAUUUCAACUCUCCGACUUCUGAUACAUUCACUCAUAGAGACGGUUGAACUAUAUUUAGUUACUGUCGGUCAAUCGCAUUGAUAUCCACGGACGAAGAAGAUAAAUACAAUCGGAAGAAACAUGGACCAAGGUGGGUGUCGUAUGAAUGGUGGUAGAGGAGGCGAUGGUCGUGAGAUCAACGGGCCAGGCAUGGGAUCCCAUUCCGGGGUGAUAACACUGGAAGAUCUCGAGUCUAUGUCGGAGGACCAGCUCUCAGACUCCGGCAAUGGGAGUCUGGAAGAGGGCGAGACCAUGGAGGACGACGAGGAUCAGGACCGACUGCUGCACUAUUGGCAGGACGUGGCUAGAGGACAUCAAGUAGAGGUUCCUGGAGACAUGGCAGAGCCGAUCCAGCAAAUCACAAGCAACAACAAUGGGGCACACACCAGGGAGCGGGUGCCCUUCGCACUCCUCGGUCGAAAGGAGAAGAUGGAGACCGUGUACUAUGAGAAGCGGCACUAUGAGAAAGCCAAGUGGGCCUGCGUGACCGUCUCCGAGGAGACGUACGAGCAGAGCAUCUGCUACGGCUUCAUGCGCAUCAUGAGAUACAUCUGCCAGCAAAACUCAGCAGGUACCUAUCUGGGAAUGACUCUGCCCAUCGUUACGGUUGUGCAUACGGAUGAGAUGCGUCAGGACUUGAUGCAGGCCGUUACCAUCGCCUAUUACCUGCCCCCGCAGUACCAGGCCACGCCCCCACAACCUGAGGACUCUGGCAUCGUCAUCGAGGACUGGCCGGCCCAAAUCAUCUACGCCAGGGCUUUCACAGGUCCCACAAACGAGGUGACCAUCAUCAGUGAGAUCCACGCCAUGGGGGAGGCGCUGGAGGAGCCGGGCGAGUGCAUGGGAGACACCUUCAUCAUCGCCGGCUACACCAACCCUGCUCACGCCAACCGACAGAAUGAGAUCUGGUUCCUCGAGAGGCGCUGAAGGGCCGCCCUCCAUGUUGUCAGCCUGGUUGGACCAACACGCGUCCCGACCGCCCACCCGUCCGCCCCUCCACAUAAGACAAUCCCCGUCCAAUUCAAGCUGACCUUUAUCCCUCACUUAGUGUGCAUCCCAAUAUGUGACCUUGCCUCCUCCACUUGCCUCCUCCACUUGCUUCUCGUCAUGAUGACAUCACUGACAGCAGCAUUAUAUUUCAAUAUAUUGCAAAAGCUCAAUUGUAAAGUCUUUUUCUCAUUUGCAAUUGGGAUGGUGAAUGAAAAACAGUCCCUCAAAAGUUGUUGAGGCGAGGCUGACAGCUGGGAAACUUUAUCGUUUUCUCCACGGAGGAGGGGCCAGGAGGCGGGACGAGGAGACAAGCACAAGUGGAGGAGGCAAGGUCACAUAUUGGGAUGCACCCUUAGUAUCAAACCAAAACACCAGCAAGCAGCCGCUUCCUCUACACCAGUGCUCACACUCCCCGUACCACAGACACGGACAAAGGCAACCCUCCCCUUACCAGCUGCUUUAGGAGACAGCAUAGAGACAUGGACUAAAGGCAACCCUCCCCUUACCAGCUGCUUUAGGAGACAGUAUAGAGACAUGGACUAAAGGCAACCCUCCCCUUACCAGCUGCUUUAGGAGACAGUAUAGAGACAUGGACUAAAGGUGUCUGUGGUGGUUGCAACAGCAGUUGACCUGCACCUGAACUUUUGCACACCUGGAUGGGAGUUUCCAGAAAAUGUAUAAUUGUAAGUGAUCCGAGACACAUCGGAAUACAUGGGGUGGUCUUGUCUUGUCUGGCAUCACCAGAAGUUUUUUUUAAGCGGAAAAUAAAAUGCUGGACUAAUGCUGUAGAGGUGAGGUUAGAGGAUUGACUUGAUAAUGAUUUAAUCAACUAUUGCACUUAAUACAUAGGAACCACCCUAACCCCACAUUCACACACAGCCCACAGCUUGAGUCACUUGGAUGUACAAGUCAAGUCAAGUCAAGUGUACUUUAUUGUGAAAAAUCUACUUAACAUGGUUAGCACAGACAGAGAAAAGAGAGAGGGAUGGACAAGCACAGACAGAGAAAAGAGAGAGAGGGGGAGAGCGAGAGAAAGAUGAAAUACAAGAGCCAACCUUCAGCCCGUUUGCCCCAAAACCAAAUAUUCCUUUUCUGGCAUGUGUACAAAACAGACAUACCUCUACGCUUUUCCUCGCUCUUGUUGAAUGCUGUGAAUACACUGUCUUUCUCGCUUUCUCACACACGGCUUCUGAUAUACCUCCAUCAAAUAAACAAUUUCUUAUGUCACUAUGUUGUAGGUCAGUGUUAGUAAAAAUAAUAAUCAAACACUCAUGCCAGCAAACCAGGGAGACACUCAGCUAGUGGAUACAGCUAUUUGAGUACGGGCUGUGUGUAAGUAUGAGUGAGAGAGAGAGUCAUAGCGCUAUUUUUGUUCACUAUUUUUCAAGGAAAAAAAAUCUAUUACAUAAGAAAAUAUAAAACACAUUGGUGUUUCUAUUCGCUGCGUUGAAGUCUAAUGUCUUCAUGAUGUUUGACACAAAUUUUGUGGAGUUGCAGCCAGAGAGUUUUUUUAUUUUUUGGAAAUUUCUAUCUGUAACUUUUUAUUAAUAAUAAGAAGUGACAUCCAGAUAAGUAAAAUAAUCAAUGUUGGCAAGAUUGGGCUGGCCUUGAGCCUUUGCACUGUGAGACAAGAUCAUCAUAGAAACCUUGUUGCUUAAUGCGGUCAUCAUCGGAAAUGGACUUGCUUUUUUGUAUUUGAUAUAGUUUGCUCUGGCUUGUUUCCUCAUAAGGAUUUCUGUUUGAAAAAGGACAACUCUUAAUGAACAUUUCUGCAACACGUCACCAAAAAUUAAAAUAUUUUGCCCCUUUUGUGCACAUUCAUCAGCUCUGCAUGGUUUACAGUUCCAAACUAACGCAUUCUGCAUUCUGCAAACAACAUGAGUAGUAACUGGAGUAAGAGCUAAGUCCAAGCUCAAAACGCAUCUCCUCUUCAUCUGUCUCAUAUUCACAUUGCUCAACAACAACAAUACAAUUGUACUGUACUGUAUUGUUGUAUUGUAUCAACAACUGACAAGUCAAUGCCAAAACGACCACUCUUACCUAGUCUUGACCAUGUAUGUAUUAUUAGGCUUUAUUUGCAACGUCAGACAGACAGGAUUUCAAAACAUAUUGCCAUUCACUGCUGGACGGGUCUUGGUUCUCGCGAAGAGAGAGAGUGGGCAUUUGGCCCCAUGACUACUACUUUUGGGAACACUUUAUUUUAGUGUUACAUCUAUUAGCAUUAAUACAUACAAUGUUAAUGCCUGUAUAUACUGUAUAAGUAACUUGUAAGGCAUGUACUAAGCACAAUCAAACAUUUGUUAGGCAUGUAUUUGCAAAUAUCUUGUUCAUGCACAAUUAGGGAUUUAUUACCAAUAUAACCUUAGUAAGGAGCUAACAAAUGUUUGAUUUUGCUUAGAUCAUGCCUUAGAAGUUUCUUAUACAGUUAUUAAUGUUGUAUGUAUUAGUGCUAAUAGAUGCAACACUAAAAUAAAGUGUUUUUUUCUGCUCCUGCAGCUGGUUAUCUGGGAUCAUUGAGCUAGACACCCCCUACCCCCCAAACUGCAACUAUUUUUGUACAAAUGUGCUGUAUCGUGUCGUAUAUGUCAGGAAAAGUGUAUGGAAUCAGAGUUAACUGUGAGUUUGUUGAUGAUUUUGUUAAUGUUCAGUUCCUUUCUGUAUCCAAAAUAAAUACGAUCAUGAACCUGAAGGUAUUUUUA